AUGGCCAACACAGACCCCGCCCAGUCCACUCUGUACCCCAAGAUUACGACACACAUUCCCGAGAUCAUCGAGCAGCUGCGGCGCAUGAACCGCGACCCUGCCCAUCCACAAGCGAACAUUACUGUGGACCCAGUACCUUUCGUGGGUACUGUCAAGCUUCAUGGCACGCACGCAGAUAUCCUAGUAUACCCGAACAAUCGCAUCGUUUUCCAGUCGCGAAAUUUAGUUGGUCUGUCCGUUGAGAAAGACAACCAAGGGUUUGCGGCAACUAUGUCAGAGAAGAACAAGGUCAUAAUGGGAUUACGCGACAUGUAUCUGGAAAGAUGGAAAGAGCUAAACCCUAGCAAGACAGUGAAAGAAGACUUGCCCGUCGUGGUAGCUGGGGAAUGGAUAGGCGAGAAGAUCCAGAAAGACGUCGCCAUCGCACAACUAUCACGUCGCUUCGUCAUCGUCUCGGUCAACAUCAAUGGUACAUGGCAGAAGGACGAAGAAUACUCUGAUAUCUCUUUGCCGGCUCAUGGCAUCUACAACGCAUCAAGAGCCGGCAUCUUUCACGCAAAACUCUAUCCGGACGACUACGAGCGUACAGUAUCAGAAAUCGAACGCAUGACCGAAGAAGUCGCCGCUCACUGUCCUUUUGCAUCAUCCUUCGGUAUAUAUGGCUUGGGCGAGGGCAUUGUCUGGAAACCCGUCGCUCCCCAGUACAACGCCGACACCUCUCUCUGGUUCAAAAGUAAAGGAGGAAAAUUCAAACCCACUUUCUUCCGCGUUCCAAAGCCACAUGAAGGCUCCGAUAUCGUCAAAGAGCGAAGAAAAGCAGCCGCAACGGUAGCAGUUGCGUGGUGUUCACAGCAGCGGUUAGACCAAGGCUGGGAUGUGCUGCGCGAGAAAGGUGUACAGCGGGGUGUGAGAGCACUCGGCGAUUUUUUGAAGUGGAUACAACAUGAUAUUUUGGAGGAAGAGAAGGGACAUAUCAAAGAGCAUGGGGUGGAUGAGGCGGCGUUGAAGAUUGAGAUUGCUAAGAUUGCUAAGCCGUGGUAUAGGGCAAAGCUUAGGGAGUGCGACGCCAGAUGA